ACCUGCACAAAAGCUCAUAAAAAUCAUAGCUUUCUAUCGUCAGUGAUUCAGUCUCCACAUGACUGCAUCCAUUGCUCUCCCUUGCUGUCACUUUCUCCUUACUUCCCCCUCUCAAACACACGGAGUAACAACUUUUAGAUUUAUAUACAUAUCUCUAGAGUGAAAGUAAGGCAAAGAGAUGGAACCAAAAAUGUCAAGUGUCAAACAAGGAUCCCACUGGAAACAAACAUCAAACAGUUUGUGUGCGAGCAAUGGCAGCUGCUAUGAUUAUGAAGGUGGGUUGGUACCAAAUCUGAGGCAAAUGGAAGGGCUUAACAACAUGUACAACAGCAGUAGUGACAACGUUGGUGUGUUGGUAAUGAAGAAGAGAGUUAUGGUGGUGGUGGAUCAGUCUUCACAUUCCAAACAUGCAAUGAUUUGGGCACUUACACAUGUAACUAAUAAGGGUGAUAUUCUUACUCUUCUCCAGAUUGUUAGUCCUUGGAAAUCUGAGGGUUGUGAGUUUUCCUCUCCUUGUCUUGCUACGUCACUUGGAUCCCUUUGCAAGGCAUGUAAGCCUGAGGUUGAAGUAGAAGCACUUGUAAUCCAAGGACCAAAGAUGGACACAAUAAUGAGCCAAGUGAAAAAGCUUGAGGUUUCUGUGCUAGUCUUGGGGCUCAACAACUCCCAUCCAACAUUACUCAACUGUCUGUGCCUGAAAAACAGCACCGAGGAAUUUGUGGAAGAGUGCAUAGAUGUUUUGGAGUGCUUGACAAUUGGAGUUCGGAAGCAGUCGAAGGGAGUUGGUGGAUACCUUAUUAGCACCAGAUGGCAUAAAAACUUUUGGCUAUUGGCUUAGUGUAAUUUUUAUAGUGCAGUUUGGUACAUAGGACUGGACAGUUGAAGAUCAAAAGCUUCUUACGAAUCCUUUCACCAAACAUGCAGUGUGUGUAAGAUAGGGAAUAACUUAAUUUGUAUUAGUCUGUAUUUUUCAUUAAAGAACAUCUUUCUGUUAUCUUACCUUCUAAUUGGGUGCAUAAAUGGCCAUCUGGGCUUUUUUGGGCCCCGUCAUUUCACAAGCUAGGUCCAAAAAGGGUCGAGGCCCAAUCCAUACAA